AUGUCUACACUUGCUAAUUCUAUACCCAUUGCGGCAUCAUCGGCAUCCAUAGUCACAGAUUCUGAAUCGGCGUAUUUUACUGAUGCCAGAUCUCAUAUGAGUGAAUCAUCCUCGCCGAAUUCUUUGGAAGAUACACCAGUGAAAAAGAACGCUGCGACUGAAUAUGAUGAUGAUAAAAGCGAGCAGAAUAACAUAUCACCUCAGGCAACAAUCACUGAUGUGGCCGAUUCGCAAAAUCAUGAAUCAACCUCUCAACCACACGUGGACACUACCAUAACUCAAAAUGAAGAGGAGCGGGACACUUCUCAAAACAUCAAUGAAAAUAGCGAUCGACUGGUACAUAACGUUCAACCUCAAUCUACUGAAGAACCUACAAAAGCUUUUGUUAAUUCUAUCACACCCAAGAAACCAGGAUAUCAACGAGAAGAAAGCGAGUGCCAUGAGUAUUAUUUUUCCAUAUAUUGCUGCGAUCUGGAUCUCAGCUCGGGAAAUAUUUUUACGACCUGUCUUAGCUGCUGCAUGUCAUCAAUCCUCAGUCUUUGCACCACAGCGGCUACAAAAGCUUAA